CCAGCCAUUUCCCUAUAAAUGUUAACGACUCUUCACAAUGCAAAGACAUUAAUCGCUGAGCUCCGAAGGUGAGCACAUCCCAGGAACCCCAGAAACCCUUCCUCGAAACACUCCACGCAAGAUGCGGCAACUCAUUUGGGCAUUCGCUUUGGCGCUCCUCGUGGCGGCUGGGCAGGGCAGGCCAUCGGCACACUUCGAUCAGCACUUCAAUCAGCACUUCAAUCACUUCGAUCCCCACCACUUUGAGCACUUGGAGCCGCUGCACGCACCGCUGCAGGCUGUGCCGGAUCACCUGGAUUACGCGGUGCCAUUCGCCGAUCCAUUCCUGCCAGCGCCUGCACCACCACCAGCCUUUGCCGCACCACCAGCAGCAGCCUAUGCACCUCCAGCACCUGUUUUUGCACCUGCACCUCCCGUCUAUGGCCCUGCUCCCACUCUCGUGGCUCCUCCGCCACCUUCCUUCGUUCCUGCACCACCUGUGUACGCAGCAGCACCGCCAGUAUUCGCACCCGCACCACUUCUGCCCGCUCCAGCUCCACUGCUACCCGCUCCAGCUCCAGCUCCUCUUCCCUUUUUGCCACCCGCUGAGCUGACGAUAACCCACCAGGUGCUGCCGCCCGUUCUGGAGGCCGUACCCUGGGCCACACCCAGCUAUCGGGCGAUUCCCGGACCCAAGACCACCACCCACCACGUGUCCAUCGGCUACGCCUUCCCCAAGCUGCUCGCCCAGCCACACCCCCACCACCACCACGCCCACCUGCGCGCCCUGCCCCUGAAGAAGUUGAUCCACAAGCAUCACCAUUCCCUGUUCUAGCAUAAUCG